CCUCCGAGCUGGGAGCCGUCCCCCAACAUCCGGGUACCGGCUCUAGCCGCCCAGAUUCUGGCACUAUGGUCAUGGCGGAGGGGACGGCAGUGCUGAGGAGAAACAGGCCCGGCACCAAAGCUCAGGAUUUCUAUAAUUGGCCUGAUGAAUCCUUUGAUGAAAUGGACAGCACAUUAGCUGUUCAACAGUAUAUUCAACAGAACAUAAGGGCAGACUGCUCCAAUAUUGACAAAAUUCUUGAACCACCUGAAGGCCAAGAUGAAGGUGUAUGGAAAUAUGAACAUUUAAGGCAAUUCUGCCUAGAGCUAAAUGGACUUGCUGUCAAACUUCAGAGUGAGUGCCAUCCAGAUACAUGUACUCAGAUGACGGCAACUGAACAAUGGAUUUUUCUUUGUGCAGCUCAUAAAACUCCAAAAGAGUGUCCUGCUAUAGACUACACUAGGCACACACUUGAUGGUGCAGCAUGUCUUCUGAAUAGCAAUAAAUAUUUCCCUAGCAGAGUUAGCAUAAAGGAGUCAUCUGUAGCCAAACUAGGAUCAGUAUGCCGUAGAAUUUACAGAAUAUUUUCACAUGCUUAUUUUCAUCAUCGGCAAAUAUUUGAUGAAUAUGAGAAUGAAACAUUUUUGUGUCAUCGAUUUACUAAAUUUGUGAUGAAAUAUAAUUUGAUGUCUAAGGAUAACCUGAUUGUACCAAUUUUGGAAGAGGAAGUGCAGAAUUCAGUGUCUGGGGAGAGUGAAGCAUGAUGGGAAUCAUACAUAAAAAUGUACUGAACACAUAAUUAACAUUAAUUAUGUACUGUAUAUAUCAUUUUAGACACUUCAAUCAUGUAUUCAUAUUAUAGCUUCUUUGUUUAGUAUAGUUUUGUAUGCUGUGUGUUGCCUUUUAAAAUGGGAAAGACUUUAAGUUAUUCAUGAGCUGUAUAUUCACCAGUGUGGCACUCAUGGUUUUUAAAUAAGAUUAGUAUUAUCUGUUUAUAAUGCCUGUUAAUAAAAAGAAUUUACAAUUCUGUAAAAUUGCUGCUAAACAAUCGUUGAAUCACAAUCCUCAUCAAACAAAUCUAUCAGAAAAAGAUGAGUGAGCUUUAGGUUUCACAUAAGCCAUUUACUAAUGAAAUAGCAACAUUUCCCCUUAGUUUUUGUGUCCUAAAUUUAGAAUACUCUAAGAAAUUCUACAUAAUACAGUUCAGACUAAACUGUAGCUGUUUUUAAAAAAGCUGUUUCCAUGGUCUCCUUAUGAAUUUUGACAUACAUCUAUGAAGAUUAUGUGUAUAUCCAAAUGUAAAAGCAAGUGCAGUGUUAUUAAUGCUAUAAUAUUAACCUUACUCUGCUACACAAAGUAUAUUCUGGGCCAACAUACUUGAAAGCUGUAUGUUUUUCUAGAUUUACCUUUCUGUAAUAGUGGAUUAUAAGUUUUGCAUACAUCAUGGUAAUGAUGCUAAGGCAAAUAAAUGUUUCUCCCAAUGAAACCCCUUUCUUUCCUACCUCUUUCCCUCAAUCCCCUCACCAAAAAAUACUUUUUGAGGCUACCAUGAAUUAUUACUGCAAAGGCUUAUAUGCUUAUAUGUAUCUGUAUUAAUUGCCUACAGAUUAUACCUCAUAUUAACAUUCAUACUACACUACAAGAAAAAUGUACUGACACACUUUUUCAUUUAUUUAUGUUUGGCAGAAUUAUUUUAACUAAAUAUUUGGAAACCUUUAGUCUUUAAAAUAGUUUGGAUAUUUCUAUGAGUAAUAUUAAUCUUUUUGUUAAUCUAGACAAUAUUUAGAUAUGGGUAGAAAAAUAUUGCCUUCUCCCCCUUCCAAAAAAUCUCAUAUUUGAAUUGUGUAUGCAUGUGAGAUUAUUUGCAAUAAUUCCCAGGAUCCAUGAGUGCUACUUAAUGGUGUUGCACUAGUGGAUCUCUUUAAAAUGAAAUGCCUUAAGGAUAGAACUUCACAUUUGCUAAUUUGAGUGGUGUAACUGAAUAUAAUCUUUUAAAAAGCACUUGUCUCAUUUUUAUCAUAUUGCAUAGAAGCAUUAUACAGUAAUAUAGGGUAUAAGAGAGUACAAACAAUGAAGAAAAUAUCAAAAAGAUAGGCUUUUGGGCAGUUUUAAGUGCCCAGGAGAGAAAAAUAUUUUUUGAGUGUAGAAGGUAGGGUUGUUUGGAAAUAAAAGUGAAAUAUUCAUUUUUGUAUCACCAUUUUUUCCCAACUUGAGGCUGAACUUUAUAUGAGUGUUAUAAAAUGUACAAUAAGGAAAUGUGGAAUAAUAUAAGGUAUAGAAAAUGUUUAGAAAAUUUUUUUUUAGUAUGCCUUUUGUUCAGAUGUAUUUGACUGGUAGUAGUAUGUUCUACUAAUUAAGACAUUUUUCUAUGAAAAUAUUUUGCCCCACCUCUAGUUCUAUCUUUAAGGAUAUCUUAUUACAUAUGUCAUAAUAAGAAAUUGUCUCUGAAAUUUUACAUUUCUUUUAAUCUCACUGUAAACCAACUGAAGUAGUAAAAUUGCUAAAUUUGGGAAGGAAGAAGUUAUACUUCUAGUUAAUCAAUACAGUGUAGCUGUUUACUUUAGCAAUGCAUAUCCUAAUGAAUUUCUGUGGCUUUAUUCAUCUCUUGGUGACUAAAGCAAUGAUUAGAAGAGAUGACCUACUAAUAUUUUUACUUAGUAUUUUCAAUAGUAUAGCUCACUGCACUGUGGAAAUACCUAAGGCAUUUAUUCCAUCUUUCAUAUACUAUAUGUUUGGAGUUGAUUCUCAAAAAACAAGUCCAAACAAAAUCUUACAAUAGUUUGUCUUGCUUUUGUAUUCAUAUUGACAUCUCAUUCUCAUAUAUGUUGUACUGUGAAGUUUAUUUAUUACAUUAUGUAACCUGAGUAUAAAAGACCUAAGUGAAACAGUUCCUUUUUUUUUUUUCUUGAUGUUUAUUGGAUCUAUCUAAAAAUGUACGUGUAUUUAUGAGGCCCUUACUACAAAAGGUUAAAGAGCCUGGCAAACCCAUCAAUUUGUAUAGUAAGUAUUUUAAGAGGAAAAUUUGUGAACUUAAAGGCUCUGUAUGCUGGGAAAUUAGAUUCCACUUUUAAUUAUGUUGUAAAGGUCAAGAGGUUAAAAUUAAAUUUCUCACUUU